AUGCCUGACCUACACUCUUUACCUGCGGGCACUCGGCCUGCUCAUGCCAUCCGCAACAAUGGGCCCGACAACCUAGUGCUAGAGCGAGCAAAGCUACGUGAGCUGGCAGAAGGCUGGCCUUGCUAUCGUGAUGCCUGUGAAUGGGAAAACUUCAAAUCCAUCUUCCACGAAGACGCCUUCGUAUAUACCACCUGGUCCGGUCGUGUCUCCUACAAGGACUUUGUGCAAGUCUCAAAGGCCGGCAUGGACAAAGGCGCCUUCAUUAUGCACCGCUGCCAUGGCGUGACCACCGACAUCACGCCCGAGGCAACGCGCGCCGUCACCAAGAUGAAGGCUACCAUCACGCAGCGGUUCACAAUCGAUGGCUGCGACGUUGACGCAGAGGCAGAUUGUCGGUUCAUUUUCUUUUUUGAGAAAGCCGACGAGCGAUGGGGUGCACGGUUCGUUCGUCAUUGGUAUGAGAAGGACAAGUUGCUUCCUGUCAAUCCUAACAAGGUGCCGAAGUUGGAUGAGGUUAAGCUGGCUUCGUAUCCUGAAGGGUACAAGUGCUUGGCUUAUUGCCAGGAGCUCACUAUGGGUGUUUCUGUUUUGAAAGAUAUGCCUGGACAUAGGCGUCAUGUUGGCACGGUCAAUGGGGAAAAGCAUGACUUGUUGUACCAGCAGGCUAAAGAUUGGCUUGAUGGGAAGAGCCUCGAUGUAUAA